GCUUCCGAAACGGACUGCGGAUUUUUUCAACGAGAGAGAGAAAGGCGAAGAAAGCAAAAAAAUGGCGAGGAGAGAAGGGGAAGGAGAAUGAAGAGGCGAUCCGUGUUAUGGCAGCCGAAUUCGGGGGGACCUCUCUCCUCUCCUCUCUCUCGUUUUCAAUCACUGCUCCGCCCUCUUACUCCCCUGGCUACGUCCCCCCUCCUCUUCACCCACACACACAUCUGGUGUCGUGGCUCCGAGUCAGGGCAGAGACCUCACUCGUAACGUAACUCACCGGUGGAGCUGCUGGUCGCCGCCGCCGUCACCGUCCACCUUUCUGGCAGUAGUAAUCUAAAAUCUCUCCACCGUCGCACUUUUCUACCUCAUAUGUACUCCAGCUCUUCAUUCUAAGUCAGACUCCCCCGACGUCCCUGUCUCUCUCUCGCGCCCGCCCGCUCUCUAUUGGAUCUCCUGCUCUGCGGUUCUGGGCAAAGCAAGCAGAUUUUAAAUCUUAAUUGAGCUGAUUGGCUGAGGAAAGGGUUGGGAUUGUGCUUUGCUGAUCUUCUCUCCGUGUCUGAAAUGUGCAAGAUAAAGAUGCCAUUCAAGAGCAUUGUUCGCGAGCUGAAGGAGAUUAAAGAUGGGGUUGGGAGUAGGUCUGGUCGAGUGGUUGAAGGAAAGCGGUGGAGAGGCAGGGCAAGAUCACAUAUAGCUCCUGAUGAAACUUCAAUGGUUAAAUCAGAAGAAUCCAUUGAGCAAGGCCAGUGGGCCAACUUGCCCUCUGAAUUGCUUUUGGAUAUCAUCCAGAGGGUGGAAGAGACUGAGACUUCAUGGCCUGCUCGUGCUGUGGUCGUUCAUUGUGCUUCAGUUUGUAAGUCAUGGAGAGAAGUUACAAGGGAAGUUGUGAAAACUCCUCAACAAUGCGGGAGACUUACAUUCCCUAUUUCAUUGAAACAGCCGGGUCCUCGUGAGUCUCCCAUACAGUGCUACAUCAGAAGGGAUCCUAUGACCUCCACGUUUCUGUUGUAUUCAGGAUUGAUGCCUUCAAACGGUGUUUCUUGGUUUGCAGCUGAGGGCCAGAAGGAUAAAUUGCUGUUAGCAGCAAAGAGAAUCAGAAGGACAACUUGCACGGAUUUCAUUAUAUCUCUGGUUUCAAAUGAUUUUUCUCGCUCCAGCAACAACUACAUUGGGAGACUCAGGUCAAACUUUUUGGGGACUAAGUUCACCAUAUCAGAAAGGCAAUCUUCACACGAAGCUCCAACUCAAUCCGGCAGGCGGACAAGCCGCAGCAGAUUUCAUUCCAGACAACCAUCUACUCGAACACCCAGCUCUAGCUACAGAAUAGGCACAGUAAACUAUGAGCUGAACGUCCUCCGCACAAGAGGACCGAGAAGAAUGCACUGUGUCAUGAACUCUAUCCCUGUCUCUUCGAUGGAGGAAGGUGGCAGUGCCCCAACAGCAGCAUCACUGCCAGAGACAACAGUCGAUGGACAUCAGUUCUAUCCUUCACCAGUCUUUAAAGGAAGGGGGGGAGGACCAGGUUCCGACGUCAGUUCCACCAACAGUCCAUCAGAGUCUCCCUUGGUAAUCCCUGGCUCAAUAGGAGAGCCCUUGGUCCUAAAAAAUAGGGCUCCCAGGUGGCACGAGCAGCUUCAGUGUUGGUGCUUGAACUUCAGGGGGCGAGUUACAGUUGCUUCCGUGAAGAAUUUCCAACUUGUUGCUGCUUUUGAGCCCCACCACCAGAAUGUGUCAGCUGAAGAACACGAUCGGGUCCUUUUACAGUUCGGGAAGAUUGGAAAAGACAUAUUCACCAUGGACUAUAGCUACCCGCUCUCUGCUUUUCAAGCCUUCACACUCUGCCUCAGCAGCUUUGACACCAAACCAGCCUGUGAGUGAACGAAUGACAGCAGUCUGAGAAAUCGUUUGGCAAUACAGUUACUCUAUAUCCUGUGGUAUGUGCGCGAUCACUGUCUUCUAAUACUGGCCUUUGUAUCCUUUCUAUUAUGGAAGUUCUACUGAAGUUAAAAGAAGAAGAAGGUUGUUUUGCUGUAGUGUAUAGCUGUGCAGUAUUGCCAAUUGGUUAAUCAUACCUGGAGUGUGAAUUAUUAUGAUUCAUUAUUGAUCGUCAAGAGACACUGAUUUGUUUUCAGAGCGGUAGUUAUGUUUCCAAGCGAGGUUUAGUUGGAAGCUUGGCUAUGUUCCUUUAAAGGGUUGCAGCCAUUUUUUUGGUCUUAGGUGGUUUACUUUAUAGGGUUCUGCAAUGUCCAUUUGCUCUUCUUAUAAUCUCUGCCAAACGGAGGGGGGGAUUAAACUACUACUUUGACUAGUUACAUCAAACCUGUAGCCUCUGGUUAUCAUUGUAUUCAUGAGAUUGAUCUGUAAUAAUCAAAAGUCACUGUUAUGUUCCUUGGUUCCAUUGCUUACUGUUAUGUUCCUUGGUUCCAUUGGUUAUUCUCCUUUGUUUGGUUAAUCAGCCAUGCCACUGACUGAUGUAAGCAGGGAUACCGAACCACAAAAAUAGAAAAGAUUUCGCC